AUGAUGGAGUUCCGGACACAAGGCUACAACGGCUACAGCGUCAAGUAUUCGCCCUUUUUUGAUUCGCGCAUCGCCGUUGCAACAUCUGCGAAUUUCGGGCUCGUAGGCAAUGGAAGGCUGUACAUAUUAGGACUCACGGCGAAUGGUAUCGUGGCCGAGAAAUGGUUUGACACACAAGACUCCCUUUUUGAUACCUCCUGGUCCGAGGCUCACGAAUCCCAACUGCUUACCGCUGGCGGCGACGGCUCUGUCAAGCUCUUCGACAUCAACGUGCCCCAAUUCCCUAUUCAGUCCUGGCAAGAGCAUGCCCGUGAGGUCUUUGCUGUGCACUGGAAUCUCGUUGCCAAAGACACCUUUCUCAGCAGCUCCUGGGAUGGCACAAUCAAGGUCUGGAAUCCCAACGCGAGUGCGAGUCUGACGACGCUGCCCACACAUUCUUGCACCUAUUCGGCAGCGUUUAGCCCGCACAGUCCGAGUAUACUGAGCAGCGUGAGCUCGGAUAGCCAUCUGAGGGUUUUUGAUCUGAGGACUCCGGCCAGUGCAAGCAAUCACUUGACACUGAGUGUGCCGAUUCACACCCCCCCGAAACCGAGGAUGGGUGCUGCGGCGACCGUCGGGAUUGCGCCAGCUGAAGCAUUGACACAUGAUUGGAACAAAUACCGCGACUCGAUUGUUGCGACAGCGGGUGUGGAUCGCCUAAUUCGGACAUUCGACAUCCGCAUGCCAGGGACGGGUCCCAUUGCCGUGCUGCCAGGCCAUGAGUAUGCUGUACGCAGGAUAACGUGGUCACCGCAUCUUUCAGAUAUCUUGCUGAGUGCCAGUUACGACAUGACAUGUCGUGUGUGGACUGAUGGCAGUGCCAUGGGCCAUGGAUCUUUGAAGCAGGAGAAUAUGCUGGAAGAUCCCAUGUUUUACGGCGGCGGCCGGGAAAUGGGCAGGAUGGGCCGACAUACGGAGUUUGUGACGGGCGUGGAUUGGUGUUUGUUUGGUGCCGAGGGCUGGUGUGCGAGUACAGGCUGGGAUGAGAAGAUCAUGGUGUGGGAUUGUAGAGCUACUAUGCAAUGA